UGGCUGUGACUGGUGCCGGAGCGAAUGCGUGAGGCGGUUGUGGGAGAGAGUAUCAAUUGCGAACGGAAAUCUGCAAACCAUUUCUGACAGUCAAGGACCCGAAUGUCAUUGCCUCCCAGCUGUGGGAGGAAACAGGACUUUGAACAUUGAAGGAAAAAGCACCAUUUCCACCAGGGAGGAACACGUUUCAUCUGUGCGCGGAAAGGUCUUGGAAGAUUAAUCUGAAAUGUCCGUACGUCAGCGCAGUCACACUGGGGAGAGACUUUGUAAAUGUGAGGAUUGUGGGAAGCGAUUUCUUUACCCUUCCCAGCUGAAAAUUCACCAGCGCAGUCACACUGGGGAGAAGCCAUUCUCCUGCUCCGAUUGUGGGAUGGGAUUCGCUCUGUCUUCCAACCUGCUCAAACACCGGCGGGUUCACACUGGGGAGAGGCCUUUCACUUGCUCUGUGUGUGGGAUGGGAUUCACUCAGACAACUCACCUGCUGAAGCACCAGCUCGUUCACACUGGCGAGCGACCGUUCACUUGCUCCACGUGUGGGAAAGGAUUCACUUUGUCCUCCAGCCUACUAAUACAUCAGCGAAUUCACAACGGGGAGAGGCCGUUCACUUGCUCCACGUGCGGUAAAGGAUUCACUCUGUCUUCGAGCUUGCUGAGACACCAGCGCGUUCACACUGGCGAGAAACCAUUCACUUGCCCUGUGUGUGGGAAGGGAUUCACUCAGUCGUCCUACCUGUUGGAACACCAGCGGGUUCACACGACAGAGAGACCUUUCACCUGUUCUGAAUGCGGGAAAGGAUUCACUCGCUCGUCUAAACUCCUGGUCCACCAGCGGGUUCACACCGGGGAGAAACCGUUCACCUGUUCGGAAUGUGGGAGGGGGUUUACUCACUCCUCGAACCUGCUGCGGCACCAGCGAGUUCACACCGGGGAGAGGCCGUUCCCCUGUACGGAGUGCGGGAAAGCAUUCACGCAGACAAUUCACCUCCUGAUACACCAGCGAAUUCACACCGGAGAGAAACCGUUUCCCUGCUCUGUGUGUGGAAAAGGCUUUGCUGACUCGACCUCCCUGCUGAUACACCAGCGAGUUCACACUGGGGAGAGGCCGUUCGCUUGCUCCUUGUGCGGGAGACGAUUCACUCGGUCAUCCAAACUGUUAACGCACCAGCAAAUCCACAAAAAAAACCCCACAAUCAAUUUCUCUUGGGAGAAUGCCGUCACCAACUUGACGGUGCCACAAUGCUAUCUCAUCACCCCCGGCCACAUUAACCAUUUCAUUUCUGGCUGUUUCUCGAGGAGCUGCGUGGGCUUGGCACCUGUUCGUUUAGUGCAGGUUCACCGUGAACUUGCACUUUAUUUCUUUCAGAAAAGGUCACCGGCCGCCAUUCGGUCCAACGAAUGGCGGCAACUUUACCCAUCGCCCCUCGCGGGGCUGACAGUGGCCGGUGCACCUUCGCCAGAAGGCGAUGCGCAGGCGCAGCGUCUGGAGCAUGCGCGGCGCGGUCGGGGAGAAGGAAACUCCCCCUACCCCUCCCCUCCCAGGGGUGGACGGGGCGGCGGCUCCCUCCGGGAACGCGGGCAUUUUGAAGGUUGUUUUCGAAUCCAGAAGUCUGUGGAGAUCAGUUUGAAUCAAUUGUUGAACCUGGAAGGAAUCAAGGACACUGACACCAUGGAGAAACCAUGGAAGUGUGGAGAUUGUGGGAAGGGAUUCCGUUACCCUUCAGGGUUGGAAACUCAUCAACGCAGUCACACUGGGGAGAGGCCGUUCAGCUGCUCUGUGUGUGGGAAAGGAUUCACUCAGUCAUCCAGCCUCUAUACACACCAGCAUGUUCACACUGGGGAGAAGCCAUUCACCUGCUCUGUGUGUGGGCAGGGCUUUAAUGCUUUAUCAACCCUCCGGACCCACGAGCAGGUUCACUCUGAUGAGAGACCAUUUAAAUGUUCUGACUGUGAGAAGAGUUUUAAAAGCAGAAAGGAUAUAUUGAUACAUCAACGCAGUCACACUGGGGAGAGACCGUUCAUCUGUAAAGUGUGUGGGAAAGGGUUCACUCAGUCAUCCCACCUCUUGACACACCAACUGGUUCACACUGAUGAGAGACCCUUUAAAUGUUCUGACUGUUUGAAGAGCUUUAAAAGUAAAAAGGAUUUACUGAACCACCAACGUGCUUUGACUGGGGAGAGACCGUUCAUCUGCUCAGUUUGUGGGAAGGGAUUCACUAGUUCAUCCUACCUUCUGACACAUCAAUUUGUUCACACUGAUGAAAGACCUUUUGGAUGUCCUGACUGUGAGAAGAAAUUCAAAUGCAGAAAGCACUUGCUUAAACACCAGUACACUCACACUGGUGAGAGGCCGUUCUCCUGCUCUAUCUGUGCGAAAGGAUUCACUCGAUUAUCCCACUUACUGAGACACCAUCGAGUUCACACAGGGGAGAGGCCGUUCUCGUGUGCUGACUGCAAACAGGAGUUUGUCGAUUCAUCCGACCUUCUGAUCCACCAGCGAGUUCACAGUGGGGAGAGACCAUACACCUGCUCGCUGUGUGGCAAGCGAUUCACUCAGUCAUCCCACCUCACGACACACCAACUGGUUCACACUGAAGAGAGACCCUUUCAAUGUUCUGACUGCGAGAAGCGGUUCAAAAGUAAACAGAACCUGCUGAAACAUAAACAAAUUCACACUGGAGAUGGACCGUUCAUCUGCUCCGUGUGCGGGAAAGGAUUCGCUCAGUCUCACAACCUCCUGAGACACCAGCAACUUCACCUGCGAGAGCAGCAAUUGGAUCCUGCCGUUAUCGCUGAUGUUAGCUGCAUCCAGGAGUGAACCUUGUCUGGCUUCAGAUUUCCAGUGAUGUUCCACAGUUUUGUGGAAUAUAUCAAGGCUUUAGACUUCAAAGUAGUGGUCCCGAUGAAGAAAUUUGUAGAUAUCACAGAAGUUGUCCAUGUGUGGUGGCCAAUGAGGAAUAAAGCUACGGACUGCAUAAUAUCAAUGGACAACUCCAACAGGCCAAGGGCAAACAGGGCAAAGAAAAUGCGCAAAGAUUGGUCAGAUACUGAGAAGUGUAGAGGAAGAAUGAGACCUUGGAGUGAUGCCCGCCAAUCCCUGAAGGUGGCUGGACAGGUAGUUACAGAGGUCAGUAAGGCAUUUGGUUCACCCUAGAAUAUAAGAGCAUGGAGAUAAUGCUGGAACUUCAUAAAGCACUAGUUAGAGCACAGUUGGAGUACUGAAGGUAGUUCUUGACCUCACAUUAAUCAACUAGAAAUUGAGAUCAAUUAUCAUGCAACUGAAGUUAAUUUAUUCAUGUAUUUACAGUCAGUGAAUGCGAAUAAAGAUAAGACUAACCUACAAGCUUGUAACAGUAAAAAUAUCUGAACUUUAUUAGCAAAUUAAAAUCUGCAGUGUUUCAAUAAUAAUAGUUAAGGAAAAACUUUGCUUACCUUCCAAUAAAAUAAGGUGACUUCUGCAUAAUGGAAGAACUUGAUUAGUGAGUAGCUGAUGAACCUUUUUUUAUUUUAACCUGAAGUUUAUUUAGAAUUAGUUAAGAAGUAAACACAUGGUAAGGAAUUCCAGUCUCAUGGACUGCACGUCAAGUUCCAUGUGGGAAAACAAGGACAAUUAGAGCGACAGCACAGAAACAGGCCCUUUGGCCCUACUCAUUCACACGGCCCAGGUUUGCUAAAAUCAAUGUGUCCCAUUUUCCUGUGUUUGGCUAAUAUCGUGCUAUAACUUUCCUAGCCAUGUACUUGUCCAAAUAUCUUUUAAAUGUUAUAAUUGUACCCACCUCUACCACAAUCUCGGGCUGCUCAUUCCAUAUACGCACCAGCCUGCAGAUGAUAACGUUGCUCCUCAAUAAACUGUUCAAUCUUUCCCCUUUCCCCUCUCAUCUUAAACCCACAACCUCUUGAUCUGGACUUCUCUACACUGGCAAAAGAAAAUUGCCUUAUUCACCUUAUCUAUGUUAAUCAUGAUUUUAUAAACCUCUGUAAGAUCUCCCCGCCUCCCCUCAGCCUGCACACUCCAGAGAAAUACGUCCCAUGCAAUCAAGCCCCUCCACCUCCUAAUAACUCAAACCUUUCAGAAUGGGAAAAAUCCCAGUAAAUCUGUUUGCACCCUUUCCAGUUGAAAAACAUCGAUUCUAUGCCAAGGUGACUAGAAGUGUAUGUAGUAUUUCAAAUAUGGCCUCACUAAUAUCUUGUACAGCUGUAACAUAAGACAUAGGAGUGGAAGUAAGGCCAUUUGGCCCAUCGAAUCCACUCCGCCAUUCAAUCAUGGCUGAUGGACAUUUCAACUCCACUUACCAGCAUUCUCCCUGUAGCCUUUAAUUCCUGUACUCAGUGCUGUGACCAGUGAAGCCAAGUAUGUCAAGUGCCUUCUUCAUCACUGUCUUUCUGCGAUGCCAGGGACACAAUGCUUGUGAUUGAGAAGAACAUGCAUUUGACUCGAGCUAAAGCAUUGCACUGAGUUCUGGUCCCCAUAUUCUGGGAUAUAUGUCAUCACACCAGAGACCAUAUUAAAGGAGAUUGACGAGAUGUUUUCAGGAUUGGAGAAUUUUAGCUGAAACGAAAAAUUGGUCAGGCUGGGGUUGUUUUCUGUGGAACAGGAGACAGAGGUGAGAUUUAAUUGAAGUGAUGAGAUUAUGAGGAGUCCCUAUAGUGUAGACAGGAAGGAGCUAUUCAUUAACAGGAAGGUCAGUAAUUGGAGGCUUUAGAUUUAAUGUAAUUCACAGAAGUGGAGGGGGUGGGUGGGGGCAGGUCAUUUCACCUAGAGAUAGUGGGAAGUUGGAACUCACCGAGUGACAGGGUGGUAAAGGCAGUCAUCUUCAUCACAUUAGAAAGAAACAUGAAAGGAUAUGCUUGAAAUGCAGAAUGGACAGGGUUAUGGAUUAAAAUCUGCCAAAUAGGGUCAGCCUGGAUAGUUCUAUAUAAACCACACAAACACCGUAGGUCAAGUGGCCUCGAUCUGUGCUGUAAUGUUUGAAUUUUUAAAAUUCCGACCAUUGAAGGUUGUUUCUGCUGAUGUCAAUGACCUGUUAUAUUCAACUGGAGUUUAAUAUUUUGGAGAAAUUUCGAUUAAAUCAGCUUUGUUUCAAA